CUCCAAGUUUCCUCAACAACAACAAUCACUUGCCACGCAACGGCAACGACAUAUAGAGUAGCAAACGACAUAAAACGUGCCGAACCACUCCCAAAAUGAGCAAACCGGCGACUCACCGCGCCGAUGAGCGGCGCUUCCUCGACGAGCGCGGUAGCUCCGGCCCGCUGGCACCGAACGGGCUGAACCCGGCGACCAUCAUGGAGAAGGCGGUGCGCGAGCGCAUCAUCGAGAGCUACUUCUACAAGGAGCAGUGCUUUGGCGUCAACGAGGCCGACAUCGUCGACCGCGUCGUCGAGCACGUCCACUUCAUCGGCGGCGUCUACGGCACCGUGCAGAAGCCGACCCCUUUCCUCUGCCUCGCCUUCAAGCUGCUGCAGCUCGCGCCGGGCGACGACGUCCUGGACGAGUACCUGCGCUUCGGCGGCGACAAGUUCAAGUACCUCCGGGCGCUGGCGGCCUUCUACAUCCGCCUGACCCGGCCGGACAAGGACGUCUAUGCCAGGCUCGAGCCGUUUCUGGAGGAUCGCCGGAAGCUGCGGCGCAAGGGCAGGAACGGCACCAGCCUGACCUACAUGGACGAGUUUGUCGAUGACUUGCUCACCAAGGAUCGCGUCUGCGCCACCAGCCUGUGGAAGAUGCGGAAACGGGAUAUUUUGGAGGACUUGGAGAUUCUGGAGCCGCGCGUCAGCCCUCUCGGUACACUUGAGGACCUGUUAGAAGAAGAGGAGGAGGAGGGGGAGGACGCGGUGAUGCAGAGUGGGGAUGAGCCGAACGGGAAUGGUCAUGGGGGGGAUGACAGCGGUUCUGUCCGGUCGAGGUCACGAUCAAGAACAACAAGGUCGCCCGCAGCCUCAGGGUCAGCAUCGCCGUCACCGAGGGAGCGCUCAGAUCACGACAGGAUGGACAUCGAUGUACCGGAGGGGCAACGAUAA